CUGUGAUAAAACCCUAGAUUUCUAAAAGUACGAAGAGCGAAAAUGGAGAGGUAGUUAAUUGAUCGCGACCAUUAGCAUCAUCUGCUUCAGGUUCUCGACGGUGAUUUACGGCGACUAAGCAGUAAUGGCGGAACACUUGGCAUCGAUAUUCGGAACAGAGAAAGACAGAGUUAACUGCCCCUUCUACUUCAAGAUCGGAGCUUGCAGACAUGGUGACCGCUGUUCCAGGCUUCACACCAAGCCCAGUAUCAGCCCAACCCUCCUCCUCUCCAACAUGUACCAGAGGCCCGACAUGCUCACCGCCCCUGGCGUUGAUCCUCAGGGCCAGUCUCUCGACCCCCGCAAGAUCCAAGACAACUUCGAGGAUUUUUAUGAGGAUCUGUUUGAGGAGCUAAGCAAAUACGGGCAGAUUGAGAGCUUGAAUAUUUGUGACAAUUUGGCCGACCACAUGGUGGGCAAUGUAUAUGUUCAGUUCAGAGAGGAAGAGCAUGCUGCAGCUGCGCUUCAGAAUCUAAGUGGAAGAUUUUAUGCAGGGCGCCCUAUUAUUGUUGACUUCUCUCCAGUGACGGAUUUUCGUGAAGCUACCUGUAGGCAAUAUGAGGAGAAUGUAUGCAAUCGAGGUGGAUACUGCAACUUCAUGCAUUUGAAGAAGAUUAGUAGGGAGUUGAGGAGGCGACUAUUUGGGAGAAGCAGACGGAGGCGUAGCCGUAGUCGAAGCAGAAGCCAUAGUCCUCAUAGGAACCGUGGAUAUGAGGAACGUCCACAUGGCGGCCGUGGUUUUGGUAGAAGAGAUGAUGAUAGAGAUCACCGUUCCCAUGACAGGGGCAGGAGACCUAGAAGCCGUAGUCCUGGACGUAGGUUUGGAGCGCGAAGUAGAAGCCCCCCUGGCUCUGGGGGAAGGAGGAAUAAGAGUCCAGUCAGAGAAAGUAGUGUUGAAAGAAGGGCUAAGAUAGAGCAGUGGAACAAAGAAAGGGAGCAGGCAGAAUCUGGUAGUAAAAAUGAUAAUGGUAAUACUGAGAUUGAUGGAAAUGGCUUUGCAAAUAGCAGUCCAUACGAUGACCGUCAGCAGUAGUAUGGUGGACUGAAUCACUGGCCCAAUGGAAUUUCUGGUUGGUCUGUUACUACAUCCCCAGCAUGAAACCUCAAUUCUUUCAGGCAGCUGACCAUGAUAAAAUACAGGUUUGCUUUCAACCACAGAAUAGAUUUUGAUGUGAUAUGCAGUUGAAGCACUGAGGUUUCUUUUAGACCAUAAUACAGGUGGACACCGUGUGUGCCGGUGAGAUCUUCCUAUUUUAUAGUGGGCAUUUUAAUGUUUGGAUACUAAGAACAGCAAGAGUAUUGCUUCAACUAUUAGAUAUUUGCCUAAGCAGGCGUUUUAUAGUGUUUGAACUAGUCAUUUGGAAUUUUUAGGAUAAUAUAUUGUGAUUUAGAGUGAGAA